GGAACCAUGGCAGAGAAGAUCCUGGUGACGGGCGGCGCCGGCUACAUCGGCAGCCACUGCGUGCUGGAGCUGCUGCAGGCGGGAUUCGUCCCCGUGGUCAUCGAUAACUUCCACAACGCCAUCCGAGGCUCCGAGGAGCUCCCCGAGAGCCUCCGGCGGGUGCAGGAGAUCGCGCACCGGCCCGUGCUCUUCCAGGAGCUCGACAUCACGGACGAGGCCGCGCUCCAGGAGCUCUUCAGGAAGCAUCGCUUCUCGGCCGUGAUGCACUUUGCGGGGCUGAAGGCCGUGGGGGAGUCAGUGCAGAAGCCUCUGGAAUAUUACAGAGUGAACCUCACCGGGACCAUCCGGCUGCUGGAGACCAUGAAGGCGCACGGCGUGAGGAACAUCGUGUUCAGCAGCUCCGCCACCGUCUACGGGGACCCCAAGUACCUCCCCCUGGACGAGAACCACCCGGUCGGGGGCUGCACCAACCCCUACGGCAAAUCCAAGUUCUUCAUCGAGGAGAUGAUCCGGGAUCUCUGCAAAGCAGAGAGGGACUGGAACGCCGUCCUCCUGCGCUACUUCAACCCCAUCGGCGCCCACGAGUCGGGGAUGAUUGGAGAGGAUCCUCAGGGGAUCCCCAACAACCUCAUGCCCUACGUGGCUCAGGUGGCAGUGGGACGCCGGGAAUUCCUGAGCGUCUUUGGGAACGACUACAAGACGGACGAUGGAACGGGAGUCAGGGAUUACAUCCACGUCGUGGAUCUGGCCAAGGGCCACAUCGCUGCUCUCAAGAAGCUCAAGGAGAACUGUGGCUGCAAGAUCUACAACCUGGGCACAGGCACCGGCUACUCCGUGCUGCAGAUGGUCCGGGCCAUGGAGAAAGCCUCGGGGAGGGAGAUCAAGUACCAGAUCACGGCCCGGCGGGAGGGAGACGUGGCCUCCUGCUACGCUGACCCCGCGCUGGCCGAGCGGGAGCUGGGCUGGAAAGCUGCCUUUGGCCUGGACAAGAUGUGUGAGGACCUGUGGCGGUGGCAGCUGCAGAACCCCACGGGCUUCAGCAAGAACUGAACUGCGGCUGAGGGCUGGCCAGGCCCUGGGCUGCUCUGAGCCAGCACUGCCUCCUUCCCUGAGGGCUGUCACCAUCCUGGGAGAGCAGAUCC